GCUACGUGGCUUCAUUGCCAGCAGACAAAGUCGCAACGCUGACGGAGCCAUGUGACAAACAGGCAUGGGCCACCUACUGGUUGAAACGUGUCAACACAGGGAUUGAAGACCUUGGUGGCUGGGAUCGACCUUUGGGAAGCUUGGGCGUGAUGUCUCGGGGAACAAAGUGGCUGGUGCGAGAGGGCUGCACAUGCCCAUACAACUACGGCGGCGCAGUGGUGAAAGCAAAGCAGUUUCCGGACUGGAUGCACGAACUGCUUCAGCAGGUCAUGCCACUCUGUGGCCUGUCAGAGGAGGAGUGGCCGAAUUCCUGCAACGUGAACCUGUAUGUAAACGCUGAUGCGUUGUCCUGGCAUGCAGAUGCCGCUGAGCGACGGGGCUUCGCGGGAAGUGUGGCUGUGGAGUCGCUGUUGGAGGGCUCUGGAUUUCGUUUCCGUGCGGGUGCACAGCGGGUGUGGGUGGCGCUGGUCAGCGUGAGGAUCGUACCCGUGGUGAUGCCUUCAGAGCUGAGCCGCCGCUUUCCGGAGUUUUUGCCCACUUGGCACCAUCGGGCUGUGAGCAAGUUGUGGCACCAGACGAUCAUCCACAUGCGAUUGCAACAGGCUUUAGAUCCUUCGAGAAACUGGAGAAGAACAAAUCUGCUACGUGUCUCUUGUUCCUAUUUCGAGGGCCAAGGCUCAGACUUUCUCGCCCGGCGCCUCAUCUUGGGGCCUCCAGAUGAGCUUGAGCAACUGGAGCAGCUUGAACAACUUAGAAACGUCGAUGGGCCACCACCUGAAGAGGUAGCCCGUGAUCAAGGUCGUUACCAAUGCGAGAUGCUAAAGGGGCAGGCCAUUUUGCGGCUCCGCCUUCAGCGUGUUGGCGCCCAGUCAGCAAGCGAAGAAGAACUUUCGCUUCCCGUUGUCAAGGCCUUGUUUCAAGUAUUCAUUGAAGCUGCUUUUCCACAGGAGGCCAGCCACGAGCUGAAGUUGGGCGGUGGAGCCAUGUGCACGAUGGAGGGCCAGACCCAGAGGCUGCCGACCGUGUGUGCAAGAGCUGAGUGUCGGGACGUUCGGGCAAGUACUUUGUUGAAAAGGAAUCCAAAGAGCAAGCUCCCGACGAUGUCGAAUGGUAUUGCGCAGCUGUUGGAUGAUCCUGGUACGAUGAGUAAGAAGGAGUCUGAAGCAAUCUUGGAGGUGCUCUCCUCACGCCGAUUUGCUCACAUGGGCGGAUGGACUGCAGAUCAGGUGGCCGACGAAGUCAAGAAACUGGGCUAUCAGGCAGUGACGGUGAUCUCGGAAUCGCCAAUCUAUAGCUCCAUUGGGACGAAGAGUAUCAAAGUAAAGGUGGGAGCCGGCUUUGCCGUGCCUUCUGCCAGUCCUGUAUCUGACUGCGUUUUUUCCGAAACGCUGGACAUUUGGGUUAUAGUUGUGUGA